AGAGGUGACGUUAAUCGCGCGUGUGAGCUCUAAUUUUAUAUUUCACCAUUUUUUGGUGAGUUGGUAAGAGGUGUUUGUUUAUAGAAAGAUGACGAUGACUAUAAUCAAGCCAGUGCGGAAUCUAAGAUUUUUGUAAGCAGAAUUCGUAGUGAUACUAGAAAAUUGGUGUUUUCUUUUUUUCUCUCACAAUCAGUAUUAUAUCAGUAUGGCAAUAGUCGUCAGGAACUGCCGAAGAGAAAUGUGUGAAGAGAUGAGAGAAUCAGAGCUGUCAAGCUCGGCUCGAAGAAGCCUUAGAAAUGACCACUGCUUUCUUCAUGAAAAGAGAAAUUGCAUAACAGAAAACAAUCAUCAGAAUAUGAAUUGGUAUUGAUAAAUAUUCUAGACAAUGAGUGUCAAAAAAUAACAACUUAUUUUGUUUCUCUAAUAUAAAACAAUUCAAAAAGGUGUUCAGACUCGUAUUUAGUCAUGUGGGAAGCACACCAAUAGAUUUGAGACAAGAGGGAUGCGUAUUCGGUCGAAACCGGAUACUAAAAUGAAUGUCAAAAUGAUUUAGGUUCGUCCGCUCUAGUAGUGUUUCAAGUUACAAGUCACAAUAAUCCAAAAUAUUUUCGUCACAUGCUUCAAAUAUUCCCACCGUUUUUUUCUGUGACCGGCUCACCAUGGCUACCGGACUCAAUUUUCUCAUUGUUAACCACAUACUCACCGAGCUUCCACUUUCUUCGUCCAUUGAGCUUCGGAUUUGAUGGAGGGUUGCGGAAAAGGGCAAAAUAAAAUCAAGAUUUACGACGACAAGUCAUAAAUUAUCAAGGAAACGAGAAAAGCACAGUUAUCAAGGGGAGGCAACGCUGCUAACAAUCAGUGUGCCCUUUCGAUUGUUAUCUCACCGCUUCUGAGCUCUGUCCGACUGAGCGCUAUUUUUCUUGGGGAAUCGCCACGCCCACAUCCCUAUUUCUCCUCUCUCUUUUGCAUCCGAAAAAGCGGGGGCAAUUGGGUGGCGAGUAAUAUCGGUUGAGAGACGGAGCACAAAGUGCUCUGUUGCUUGAAACAACGCGAACCGAGAGGGUAAAGGGAAUGGUGCGCUUUUUAAAUUUUAAUUAUUGCGAUGCAAAAUAUUAUGAAAAGUAAUUGCAACUAAAAUGAAAUGUCUAUUUUCCCAUUUUUCUUGAAAAUUGUUCACUAAUUUAGAAACUUUUGUCAAAGAGAUACACUUUUUUCUUACAAACUUGUUUUGAAAAAACAAAAGACUGAAGAACAUAAUGUGCUCUGUAAUCUGAGGCUUAGGAUCAGCGCUAAAUAGAGAAUACUAAUGCGAUCUCAAGGUUAAUCGAAAUUGUAUUGUUGCUUCCAUCUUGAUGUUUGUCUGGGAAAUAGCAACGUUUUGUGAGCUUGUGUGAGCACAACCCAAUCCAGAAAAAAGAAGGAUUUGAUAUUGAAUAGGAAUCCAAAUGAAGAAGCAAUGUUUACGGAAAAAAAGGAGAAGAGGGGGACAUUAAGACAUUCAACAGGCUUCUUGCAUCUGGGGUGAUAAAUCCCCCUUCUUCACUCCACCUACAUACAUACCUCGUCUCCAUUGAGCAUACUGCAGCUCACUGAUUUCACUGUGUUCCAAUUUCCAAUGAGACCUGGCAACGGAUUAAAAAUGCAAAUUAGAUUCUCUUGUUCGCACGCCGUCGUCUUACCUGGGUGCCAAGGCAUUCGUGCCAAUAUCAUUCCGUCUGGAGUCAUUGGUGACUCUGGGGACAAUAAAUCUCCACCGUCAUUGUCUUCUUGUGAAGCUUGAGACAUAUCUUCAAAAUUGAAACUUUGACUGUGAAAAUUUUGCAAGUUGAAAAGUGAAAAAAAUUUCGACAUUAAGUGAUGCGAUAUGAAAACCUAUAAAGCGCGUUCCUAAGACAAUAACAAUGACGAGUAGCCAACCCAUCAAUAUCUAUGAUUAUGUCAAUAAAACACUCGAAACUUUUGAAGUGCUUUAGGGUAAUGACGAAAUUAAAUAUACCCCCCGUUUCACUUGAUUCCAAAUCAGUUCUUUGUUUAACAGUUACGAUUUACCAAAGUUCAUUUGAAAAAUUCUAUGUAACUAAAAGUUAUUUCAGAAUCUUCAAACUCGUUCUACUCGUAGCUGCCGUGGGAUUUGUAUCAACUCGGUUUGCUCAAGUCAAACUCUUCAACUGGAGCUACAAGGAUUUUGGAACCAACGCCUUCACUGAUAUUUCCCUUGACCAACGUCAACACUACCACGAUUUUCCAACUGGAACAUGCCCGGACGGAUGGGUUCGCUUCUCGGACUCGUGCUACUGGAUAGAACAGCACAAGCAAAGCUUUGCUGAGGCUGAGAAACGGUGCUAUGAGAAAAACGCGACACUUUUCGUGGUCAACUCACAGGAUGAAUGGGAUGCCGUCCGUGAGCAUUUCCCACAAACCGGUUACACCUGGAUUGGUCUUGUUCGUUUCACCCACUUUGAGAAAUCCCAAGAUGCUCCAAUUUGGCAGACCGAAGGAGCCGUCAACCCAACUAGACUCAACUGGCUCAUCCGCCCAUACAAACCAGUUUCUAAUGGAUGGUCUGCUCUUGCCAACUGUGCUGCUCACUUCAGUGCCGCUAUCAACUGGGACGCUUCUGCCUACACAUACUUCCAGCCAUGCUCUUUCAAGUUCUACUCGAUCUGCGAGAGAAACGGAACUAUUCUUGAUUUUUUGAACAGAAAGUUUGAUUUCCAAGAUUAAAUUGUAUUAUAAACGCGAUCAAUAAUUGUAUUUAAUCUCAACUUGUGUCUAUAAAAAACUGUAUACUAUGUAUAUUUUUCAAUUGUUCAACUCAAUAAAGUUUCCAUAAUAUUAA